GGGGCGCUGCCAUUUCCGUCCCCACCGAAACCUCCCGGGUCUGAGUGAGGUCGCAGUUCACGCGACUCGGUGCCUGCGGUUAGUGGCCGCCUAUCAUUGGAGGGAAGAUUCUUCAAGCAAGCAUUAUGUCAACUGACACAGAUCUUUCUCUUUCUUCAUAUGAUGAAGAUCAGGGAUCCAAAUUUAUCCGAAAAGCUAAAGAGGCACCAUUUGUCCCCAUUGGAAUGGCAGGUUUUGCAGCAAUCGUCGCAUAUGGAUUAUACAGAUUGAAGAGCAGGGGAAAUACUAAAAUGUCCCUUCAUCUGAUCCACAUGCGUGUGGCAGCCCAAGGCUUUGUCGUGGGAGCAAUGACUCUUGGUAUGGGCUACUCCAUGUAUCGGGAAUUCUGGGCAAAACCUAAACCUUGAAGAGAUGCUGUCUUGGUCUUGUUGGAGGAGUUUGUUUUAGUUAUUGAGGUUACUUAUCUGUGUCAAAAAUAAAUUAUUUGAAUGGGUUCAGACAAUAAUAUGAUA